AUGAGAUUGGAGAAAUGCUGGUUCUGUUCUUCUACUGUAUAUCCUGGACAUGGAAUCCAGUUUGUUCGCAAUGAUGCCAAGAUUUUUCGAUUUUGUAGGUCUAAGUGCCACAAGAACUUUAAAAUGAAGAGGAACCCUCGGAAAGUAAAAUGGACCAAGGCAUAUAGGCGAGUGCACGGAAAGGACAUGACACAGGAUUCAACCUUUGAGUUUGAGAGGAAGCGAAACAGGCCUGAGAGAUACGACAGGAAUCUUGCUAACACUGUCCUUAAAGUCAUUUCAAAGAUUGAUAAGAUCCGAGUUGCGAGGGAAAAUAGACACCACACGAUAAGGAUGAAGGGCAAGAAGAAGAAGGAUCAGAUUGAGGGUGCUAAGGAGUUGGAACAGAGCAUCCAUAUGCUUCCCAUUCCUAAGGUCAAAGUGGUGGAACCUCUUAAGGUCAAAGUGGCUGUUUCCCAACAACAACCAGAGCAAAAUCUUGCAAUGGAAGAGUGA